UAGCAGAGCAUUAGUCUGUGUCGUCACAUCCUCCACUGGGCUAGGAGGCAGCAGAGACCAGCGGCCUCAGACCUGAUGAUGUGCCUGUCACUGAGUGGCCAGCUGGCUCCUGACUUAUACCCGAGGACAUGGUGAGAUGUCGAAAGCCUCCUUCCCAAUCUUCAACGCGCUGUAGCCUGCGCAAAGUAAAACUUCAUGUUCGCAAAACAAGAUCUGCCAGUGCUAGCAGCUGGGCCAGAGAAGAGAAGACAGAACAAUCAGAACCUGCAAAACCCGAAAAUACCAUCCCCAACAGACGGACACGCUUCAGGAUACAGUUCCCCCAGCUGGCACUCAGAAGGAGGUUGGGGCAGCUGACCUGCAUGUCUAGAUCCGCUCUGAAACUGCGCUCCUGGCCUCUCACUAUCCUUUAUUACCUUCUACCUUUUGCUGUACUUAAACCCUUGGUGACAGUGGGAUGGCGUCCUACAAGCAGGGUUGCUCUUUACAAAUCAGUGCCAACGCGGCUGCUCUCCAGGGCUUGGGGACGUCUGAAUCAGGUGGAACUCCCAACAUGGCUAAGGAAACCAGUAUACAGUUUAUACAUCUGGACAUUUGGUGUGAACAUGAAGGAGGCUGCAGUGGAAGAUCUUCACCAGUACCGUAAUCUCAGCGAGUUUUUUCGCAGGAAACUGAAGCCACAAGUCCGGCCAGUCUGUGAUUCCCAUAGUGUGAUCAGCCCCUCAGAUGGUAAAAUUCUGCACUUUGGUAGAGUGAAAAACUGUGUGGUGGAACAAGUGAAAGGUGUAACUUACUCUCUGGAAUCCUUCCUGGGGCCCCAAACCUGGACUGAAAAUCAACUCCAAAAGAGUUCCUUCCAAGACCAACUGGUUACGCAGGAGGGAAAUGAACUGUAUCACUGUGUCAUUUACUUGGCUCCUGGGGACUAUCAUUGCUUUCACUCUCCCACAGAUUGGAAUGUGCAUCAUAGGAGGCAUUUUCCAGGAUCUCUCAUGUCUGUAAACCCAGGUGUGGCCAGAUGGAUUAAAGAACUAUUUUGUUACAAUGAGCGUGUUGUUCUCACUGGAGGUUGGAAGCAUGGCUUUUUCUCCCUCACAGCUGUUGGAGCUACAAAUGUGGGCUCUAUCCAGAUAUAUUUUGACAGGGAUCUACAGACAAACCGCCCUCGAUAUAACAAAGGUUCUUACAAUGAUCUCAGCUACGUAACGAACAAUACACAAGAUGGGAUUGUUAUGCGGAAGGGAGACCAGCUAGGAGAAUUCAACCUUGGUUCCACCAUAGUCCUUAUUUUUGAGGCACCAAAAGAUUUCAACUUUAACUUGAAGCCUGGACAGAAGAUUCACUUUGGGGAAGCUGUAGGAUCCUUGUAGCAGGAAUCCAACAUUUUAAUUUAAAGAUGGGUAAAACAGGGAAGGAUCAUAUGCGUAGAAUUGUGGUGCUAGGGGACUCACAUUAGUGUCUCUUUGCCAGCUAAACCAUAUGAUUAUGCACCUUAAGGACAAACAGAGGGCAUGCAGAUUAUGGCCAUAUGCUAUGCCCACUGCCACGCACCAGCCUCGUUAUUGUCCCACACAGCACUUUUCUCUUUGACUCCUUUCCCAUGACCAUUUGGUGUGGGUUACAGGGCUUUCGUGUAUUUUUUUUUUUUGUGGGAGCAAUCAUUACAUUUAUGAUUUGUUUGUGUAUAUAUAUAUAAUAUAUAUAUAUAUAUAUAUAUAUAUAUAUAUAUAUAUAUAUAUAUAUAUAUAUAUAUAUAUAUAUUUGAUUCAUUUAAAGGAGGUCAUGCAAUCAUAGAAAGCUAUAUGCCGAAAGAAAAUUGUCAACCUCAGGGAAGUACUAUGCCUAAGGAAGCCAUUAGGAGGACAACGAUACAAAGCUGGCACGUGAGAGAAAGAUGCUGUGGAACUGCUGCUUCUGAUUGCUUGGGAUGAAGGACUGUGGUCUCAGCACUAAAGAUUUGGACGAGGAUCAUUCUGAUUUUAGCCUACAAAGUGCAACCUUGCCUGGGGCAACUCAAGCACAUUUAUUUUAUUUUUUUUGGUACAUCAGAGAAGGGUGUGAUUUUGUUUUAAUACAUUAACCCAUUUAAUAGCUGACCUUUUGAAAUAAAAUGGAUAAACUAAGUAA